AUGGAAAAGAGUAAAUCCCAUAAUUACUUACCUUUUACGAAAAGGAGACAAUCAAGGUACUAAAAUGAUAUCAGUACCACAAUCAGUUAAACAAAGCUGCUGCAGCAAUCGAUAGAUAGUGAUUAGAAGUCUAGAAACAAAGGAAAUAACAAUCCUUUCAAGAUAGAUAACACUUAUACCAAUAAUAACACUUUUUUCAAUGACAAGAGUAUAUAUUACAAAAGCACUUACAAAAAUUAAGGUGUUCAGGGAGGAAACUAAAACUCAGUCAACAUGCUGUCUGAAUUCUAGAAGAAUAUAAUUAGCAUUGCCUCUUAGAUAAAUCGACUUAACUUCGCAUUGGGAAAUGAGGCUACUGAGAACAAUAGGACCACUAAUGAUAUCAAGCUAGAUUCAAGUGCAAUGAAUUCAGCUUUUAAAGUAUCUCACAGCAGGGCCGAGUUUACCCCUUUGAAACUCCCCUCAAUUAAAAAUUAAAACAACAAGUCUCAGUUGUUUGAUGUUUCUGCUAAUGUUUAAACUACACUUUUAAAUAACGAAUAAAGGUAAUUGAUAGAGGCUAAAAAUAUAAAGGCCUUAUUUAAAAAGCCAAGGAAACAGCGCCAUGAAAAAGACUAUCAUUAGAAAAAUAACCCCCUGUUAUGUCGAUGCAAGGACCAUCUCUCAAAGGUAAAUGAAAUGAAUUAGUAUAUUAACAGUCUAACUGAGGACUAAAAUGAGGGAGAGGCUUGCAUUCAUUAAAAGGGGGAAGAAAUCAAUAAAUCUGAUAACAAUUUAAAAUAGUAAUUUUUUUCACCCAAAUAUGACAAUAACGCUUUUAUAUAAUAGACCAUAUCUCCCUCUCUAAAUUAAUCACCAAAAAGAUUGAUUAAUGGAAAUGAAAGCAAAUAGACUUAAUCAUAGCUCUAGCUAAGAGAUCUAUUGAGAGAUAAAUUUAAAAAGAAUAUUGAUCAAUCUAAAUCUCUAAGUUAGUUUAAAGAAAAAUAAUCAAUCGAUAAAAAUAUUCAAGCUAAGCGCGUUCCAUCCUCUUUAAACAUCAAUAUCAUAGUAAAUAGAUAAGCUCAGAAGCAUCUCUUAGAUAGUGACACUACAACAACAAAACACUCUUAACCAUCUAGAAAUUCAUAGUAUGAAUAAGAGGCGAAGUAAUCAAUGGCCCAAUCUACUAAAUCUAGUGCCCUUAUAAUGUAGCUCUAGCUAACUCAGUCCAUCUAAAACGAAGGUUAUGACGAAAAGUAUGAUGAUCUCUCUCCAAAAAUAAGAGAAUCACUACUUUGGCAAGAGGAAAACGUCCUUAAGAAUGAGUAAUAAGUUGAAAAGUUUUAUGACAACUAUAAAAAAAUAGAAAAGAUUGCAGAGGUUGACCAAAAUAAUCCUAGAUAAAACCUAAAAGAUAAGAAUCCCAUUAUAGAGUACUUGAACUAUAAUUUGAAAUCUUUCCACGUUAACCUCAAUUUUGCUAAGGCCUUCUCAGAAAACCUUAAGUCUAACAGCAAAUUAACUUCACUGACUCUGAUUAGAACUAACCUAAAUGAUCAAAGCUUUUCAUGUCUUAUGACAAACUUGCCUUUGAAGUUGCAAAAAUUAGAUGUGUCAGGAAAUUCACAACUAACAGUAAAGUCCUAUAGCAUUUUGAAGCAAUUCCUCUGUGAUAAUAAGAGAGUUAUAUCAAACCUAAAUUUUGAAGGAAAUCUAAUGGGUGAUGAAUGCUGCAAAGAAAUAUGCAGUGGUAUUGUUUAAAGUUUGCACCUUAAGAUUUUGAAUCUUAGUAAAAAUAAUCUAACUGACGUGGGGGCUUAAUAUAUAAGUGAAGUGCUAAGCUUUGAAGGUAAUUUAAUGACCAGCCUACUCUUGCAUUGGAACAAAAUAAGGUCAAAAGGAGCUAUUCUACUGGCAAAAGCUCUUAGGUCAAACUACACUUUACAGAUAUUUGAUGCUUCCUUUAAUUCAUUUGGGACAGGCCAUCAUAAGGAAAUCAAAUAAGGAAAGCUAUCGCAAUACCUUGAUGAAAACAAGAUUCAAUAAUCAAGUAAAAAGGAUAAUAAACUUCCUUUGGAUUCAGCUAGAAUUUUGCAGUCUUAAUAUGAACCAUACACUAAUGCUGCUUGGAAAUUCAUGAAGGCAUUUGCUAGCAAUAAAAGACUAGCCCAUGUAGAUCUCUCUUUUAACAGUUUCAAAAGAGAAGACAUUAAAAUCAUUGGAGAGGGACUAAAGAAUAAUCAUACUAUCUUAGGAAUCCAUAUGCUUGGAAAUGAUGCCGAGGUAAACUAGCUAGGCUUUGUAGACGGUUUUAAGAAAGAAGAUAAUCACUUGAUGGGUCAUGUGUUCACUAGAAUACCAGCGCAUUUGAAAACGCAUCAUAUUGUUAGUAAAAACCUGAUUGACCUUAAGGUUAGCUCAAACUGCUGGGUAUGUGAAGGGUGGAGUCAGAUGGAAUUUAGAAUCAUUCCUAUUGACGUAAAACAGCCUUAUUUACAUUUGAGCUUUGAAAACUACAUGCCUCAGAAGAUGGAUUAGGAUCCAUCACUCCCGGGUCAAUACUUAGUAUAUAGAAUGGUACCUCCUGGCUCUCUAGGCUAUUUCUAUUCCAACGAGGAAAACGUCACAUACGUUGACCCAGUCAUUCCAAGCAUAAACAACGAUAAAUCAAGAAUCUAAAAUGAGAAUAUCAAUAUUUACGUACCUAAAAUUAACUAUGUGGAAAAUGCUGAAAACCUGGCUAAGUAUCUGUCAUCUGAUGACUUGCUUUCUUUCAAAGCAGUUCCAAGACCAGAACCUAAUAAAAUCGAUAAAAUGAUUAAAUCUGUCAAGGACAAGGAAAACAUCUAUAAAUACCUUAAGGGAAACUAUAGAUAUAUACGUGAAGCCUACAGAUACUUCUCAGCAGUUAACCCAAGCGGACUUGUGUUUUCUAUCGGAACAAACGUCUUUAGUGAUAUAAUCUAUAACUGUCCAAGCAUGCUUGAUUCUAAGUUGCUAAAACUGUCCGAUGUCGAUUUGGAAUUUAUCUCGACCAAGGCUGGAAAUCAGUUUAGAGGUAGAAUGAACCCAGAUCGCUAGCUCAUUAGAUUUUAAUUCUUAGAGAUAUUUGUUAGACUUGCAAUAGAUAAGUACUAUAAAACGAAAUAAUGCAUUGCUCAAGAAGAUGCAAUCUAUAGAAUGUUUGAUGAACACGUGAUGCCAUAUUUCAAAAAUUUUAAUUCUAAUGACUUUAAAUGGGCUAAACUUUGGAAUGAGCAAUGUGAUAUAAUCAUUAAAGCCAACUUAAAGGUCCUCUAAGAUAUCUACUAUAAAUACUAUGGCAAAGAUUCGCUACCAGGUGAACUCAAAUUCAUGAGUAUGAAUGAAUUUAUAGAUUUAGUUACGAGAUCUGGAGUCAUCGAUGACAACUUUGGAGCAAGAGAGAUAGGAAUCAUUUUUAAUUUGUCAAUGAUGACUUAAGUGGAUGAGAUUAAUAAGGAGAGACAUACUUAGAUGCAGUUUAUUGAGUUUGUUGAAGCUUUGAGCAGAGUUGCUGAGAGAGUCAUGAUACCUAUUCCUAGUUUCUAUGAUAAUGAUGAAUUAAAAUCAUCUAUUGAAUCUCCUACUCUAAGAGAGAGAUAGUUUGCUUAAUCAAGUUUAAAAGAAAAACAGUAGAGCUUGACUCCACUUCACAAGUCCUUAAAUGUUUAGGGCAACAAAGAAUAUCCGCUUGAAAAAAAAUUUCAAGACUAUAUAAACAGAAUCUGUGCGUUAUGCAUGGGUGAGGAAUAUGCCUACAACUACAAACGCAAAAUAGAGAGACAAGAGACUCUGAGAAAAAAGCGUGAGUCAUCGCUCGCUCAAUAGCCCUCAUUAAUGAAUAAGACUGGCAUUACAUUCUAUGAGAGAAAAGAUUAAAAUCAAAUAAGGAGUAACAAUGGGUCUUUCAUUGGAGGAAGGAACAGUUCAAUAGAAUCAUCAAAAACUCCUUCCGCUCUUAAUAAAAUGAUUUCUGGUAUGCAGUUAAAACUUAAAGUAAGAGAUAAUUUAUGA